AUGGCAGGAGAUAAGCAUGUUCUUAAGAUUGAUCCUGCUAUUGAACGAUAUGCUGAAAUGCGUUCAUCUCAGUAUAUGUAUUUUCGAUGGACACCUAAAACAGUAACUAAGAGUAUUGUGCUUGGUGUAGUUGUUCCAUUGUUUAUUGGUUAUUUUGCUUUUGCAACAGAAGGAAAAUGGGAUUUCCGUGGAAAAGGUAUAAAUGACAAACUAACAGAAAACCGUGAUAAGUAG